CACCAAACCCUCACCCAACUCCGCACACCACAAGCCGGGGUCGGUAAAAACCGAGCUCGUAUAUAUGGACCACCAGAUGGCCUUUUCCCCCACAUUCCGCAAGCAUCGCGAUGGGGUCGGAGGCGACGGUGCCGCGCUUCUUCUGGGGCGAUAGCCCCGGCGAGGAGGAGUACUACGCAUCGCAGGGGGUGCGCAACGCCCAGUCCUACUUCGCCACCCCGCACGGCCGCCUCUACACCCAGUCCUUCCACCCUAUUGACCGCGCCACCGGCGAGCUCCUCCCCGUGAAGGCGCUCGUCUUCAUGACCCACGGCUACGGCUCCGACGCCGGCUGGCUCUUCCAGAAGAUCGCCAUCGCCUACGCCACCUGGGGCUACAAAGUCUACUGCGCCGACCUCCUCGGCCACGGCCGCUCCGACGGCAUCCGCUGCUACCUCGGCGACAUGGAGUCCGUCGCCACGGCUUCCCUCGCCUUCUGCCUCUCCGUCCGCCGUGAGCAUCCGUCCCUGCCGGCCUUCCUCUUCGGCGAGUCCAUGGGCGCCGCCGCCACCCUCCUUAUGUACCUCCGCACCCCGGAACCGGGCGUCUGGACGGGGCUCAUCUUCUCCGCGCCGCUCUUCGUCAUCCCGGACGACAUGAAGCCCUCCCGCGUCCGCCUCUUCCUCUACGGCCUCCUCUUCGGCCUGGCCGAGACGUGGCAGGCGAUGCCGGACAACAAGAUGGUGGGAAAGGCCAUCAAGGACCCGGAGCGCCUCCGGAUCAUCGCUUCCAACCCGCGGCGCUACACAGGACGGCCCCGGGUGGGCACCAUGCGCGAGCUCGCCCGAAUCUGCGACUACUUCCAGGCCAACUUCGACAAGGUGACCGCCCCCUUCCUCACCGUCCACGGCACCGACGACGGCGUCACCUCCCCCGCCGGGUCCCGGUUGCUGUACGACAAGGCCUCGAGCGAGGACAAGACCCUCAUCCUGUACGAGGGGAUGUACCACUCCCUCAUCCAAGGGGAGCCCGAGGAGAACAGCCAGCGCGUCCUCGCCGACAUGCGCGCCUGGAUCCACGAGCGCGUCCGCCGCUACGCCAUCGCCGACGGCGACAAUAGCAAUAAAGUUCAGCUACUCUACAGGUCAACUCAUUAGAGCAUCCAACUCUCCACGGUUGGAUCUGGUGCUCCAACGAGACUUUGUCCCAAUUAAUUAAUUAAUUAAUCGACUCUUUGGAUAAAAGUUGCAGUACUUGCUAUUCAAUUUAAUAAUACAAUAUAUGUGUUGCCGAUGGUUUCACCUGUUCUUUUAUAAAUGGAGGCAUUGAUGGAUCCAUCGUUCUCACGAAUU